GCGCAAAUACACGUUGCCUUGCAUCUUUACGGGGGAUGUUAGAAGAUUUUCUCUAAAAAAAAUAUUACAAACGCUGCUACACGUGACGAAAAUCACCACUCGUUGAUCCGUAAAGUGCCACUUCACGUAUUGGAUAAAAUGUCUGAUGCUAAUCGGUUAGUAUUUGCAGUUAUAGAGUUUUUAGAAAGUCAGGUACAAGUGGGGAAUCUUUCAUCUGAUGCCACGGAAAGCUUGGAAGUUGCUAUACAGUGUUUAGAGACGGCUUAUGGCUUGGAUACAAGUAAUGAAGAAAUUGCAAAUCAAUUAAAAACAGGCAAACCAUUAUUGGAAAUAUUCAAUGAAGCCACCAAAGUCAGUGAGGAAGGUGCUGCAGCAGCUGGUGGUGUUAGUAUGCAAUGUGAACCCACUCCUAGUCAAGAUAUAACACCUCAGCAAAGAGCUGAUGCAGAAAAGUUGAAAGUAGAAGGUAAUAAUUGUAUGAAAGCAGAAAAAUAUAAACAAGCAUUAGAGUAUUAUACUCAAGCCAUAUCAGUAGACUGUAUGAAUGCUGUAUAUUACUGUAAUAGAGCAGCUGCUUAUAGUAAAAUAGAAGAACACCAGGCAGCCAUUGAAGACUGUAAAAAAGCUUUAGUUAUCGAUCCAAAAUAUAGUAAAGCUUAUGGAAGAAUGGGUUUAGCAUUUACAAGUAUCAAUGAACAUGAAAAAGCGAGAGAUGCUUAUAAAAAAGCAAUUGAAUUAGAUCCAGACAAUGCUAGUUACAUAACAAAUUUGAAAAUUGCCGAGCAAAAACUAAGAGAAAUCAAUUUAGGGGGUGGUGGUGGAGGCAUUCCAGGUUUUGGUGGUUUUGGAGGUAUGGGGCCUGGUGGGAUGCCUGAUAUGGGUGCAUUACUUGGCAAUCCAGCCCUCAUGAAUAUGGCUUCCACAAUGAUGCAGAACCCAGAAAUGCAAAGGCUGAUGCAUGGAAUGCUGGGUAGUGCAAUGCAAGGAGGAGGUGCUGCUACAGCUAAUACUAGUAGUGGUGAAACUAACACAGAUCCAUCUGCCAGCAUGGCUACGCUUCUACAAGCUGGUCAGCAGUUGGCACAGCAAGUACAGACUACAAAUCCAGAUUUGGUAGACCAACUAAGGCAUCAGUUGUCAACACAGGGAGGAGGUGAAUCACAACAACCACCACCAGCACCCCCACAAGAUGAUUCUGGAAAGAAGUAAAUAUAACAAGAAAGAACUUACAUUUUCUAAAAUAUGAUAUUUACAAAUUCUGUAAAUAUAAAAUAAAUAAGAAAUGAAUCCUAUUCCACUCAGUAUGGUUCUACAAAAUGGGUUUCUAAUUCUUUUUGACCAUGUAACUUGACAUUUUUUUUUUUCCUGGAUGAAAACUACAAUAUAUGGCCAUGUGUUCCUUCCCCUAAAUCUUCCUGAAGCCAUGGCAACACAUUGUAAUGACCAAUCUAUAGUUUUUGAUCCUUGCUUGCUUUUCAUAUAAUUCUCAAUUAUGAUUAUGGUGGGCAGCCUUGAACUCAAAUAAAGAAAAAAAAUUUUUCUGCAUAAUACACCAACCACUCAGCUGCAAGUUGAUCAUGUGACAAUCAUGUGAUUUGGUCACCUGAUCAUACAACUAUUAUGUUAGUUAAUAUUAAUUACGACAAAGU